AUAUCGACAGUGUGUGUGAAUCGCUCGGGACACGUGAAGUUGGCUCGUGCCACCAUCUUUCUUUACAAAUAGAGUCAUUUGCAAUCGGAUUAACUAGUGUUUGGAUUUCUAUUAUUGCAUUCUUGAAUGCAUGGACCUUGCUUAUUUUACUAUCGUUUGUUAGAUUUAUAAAUUUUGAAAUCGGCCAUUAGCCACCAGCCCUACAACAAAGUUCGGUUUGCAAAACCAUGCGUUGUGCCCUUAGGUCAAAUUAGUGAUCAGUUUUUGGAUCCAUAACUUCAAAUUGGUCGGGGAUUUGUCGAGGUGUGGUAAUGUCUAGACUUAAAGGGACCCACAUUAACAACAUUUCAAUGAUUGAGAUGAUGCAAAUCUCGUCUAUUACGGAGAAUAGUUUGAUACCGAUCGGUUCUACCCGUGCGGGUGGUGGCUGGUCUGGUGGCAGCAAGAAUGGCCGAGGUUCACGACAUCGUGGAAAGAGCAAGCUGAUGGAACAAAUCGAUUUGUUCCUGGAAGGCAUGGGUCUUUAUCGCAAACAAACUGCCAGAGACGCCACAUGCCUUUUCCGCGCUGUUUCGGAACAGGUUUUUUACAGCCAAUGUUUUCAUUACUCUGUCCGGCUUUCGUGCAUUCACUUUAUGGAGCGAAACCGUAACCUUUUUCCGGAGAAAAUUGACGGAGAAAAGUUCGAAGACCACGCGAGGCGUAUGAGGAGUCCGCGUGAGUGGGGAGGCCAUUGGGAAAUGCAAGCCAUGGCUAUCCUUUACAAGAAAGACUUCAUUAUCUUUAAUGACAUAAAUACCGCCCCAGUACAAGUGACAGACAAUAACUUUCCUGAUAAAAUAUUGCUGUGCCGUAUUGGACCGAACCAUUUUGACUCGGUCUUUGCCAAGGCUUUCAUAGAUAAUACAGCCGUCUGUCAAGGUUUAAUUUAUGAGCUACUAUACGGCCAAGUCUUCGGUAUGGAAGACAUUGACACAGCGGUACAGGUGAUGCUCUACGAGGGCAAACAAUCUAAGGAACAUUUUGAGGUUUCCACUUCGUUGCGAGAAAAUCAAGCGCGACCUAAUAGCGUCAUCAAUGUUCUGGUGAAGGGUGGUACACCGUUUCCCUACAAGGUGGCCAAAGCUUUAGAUCCGCGAAUGUAUCGCAACGUAGAAUAUGACUUAUGGAAUGACGAACGCAAAGAGUUGAAAAAGAAUAAUAUUUUCCACAACGAGAUUUUACAAAUUGGUUCCAAGUGUAUGGUGACAAUCAAUGACAAUCCCAAUCACCAGUACCCGGCCUAUAUCCAGGACAUGCAGCCUGACAAGGGGCCCGUCACGGUGUUCGUCGAAGUACUGGGGGAAAUGUGUACUGUUCCUUAUGAUAACAUUGAACCUAUUGUGCUGCCAUUAGCAAAGACCCGUUGUUUGUUUAUAAACGGGACGCAGCUACACACACAGACUACUCAGUCUGUUCGCUUCCGCAGAUUUAAACCAGGACGUAUUGGUGAAAAAAAUAGUACUCUGCGUGAAAUCACCGACAAGAUUCAAAGCUCACUGCCGAAAAUCCAAUCUGCCAUGGAUUUCAACAACAAUCAAGCGAUUAACCAAACUGUCGUGUUAUGGAGUCACAAUGGCAACAACAAUUCCGUAACCAACUCUCCAGAAUCCUCUGGCAGUCGAGAGACACACUGCUCGAUGGAUUCUACUGAAACGUCACAGUCAGUAAAUGGUCCACCACAAGUUGAAUCUCCGUACUAUGUAGUGUCUCCGCCUUCGCAACCUCAACAAUGGGGAAUGUAUCAAUCCAUUCCUCCUUGUCCACCUCCGCAAAUUUCGUAUGCACAGCAAGCACAACAACAGCAUCAGCAACAGGCGGUGCAGAUGCCGACUCCUUUGUACGUGACAUUCUCUGAUGGAACCACAAUGCUCGUACCCACUCAUCGAAUUCACGAUGCUUCUCAGCAGCAGCAACAACAACAAAAUCCCCCAAUGAUGUACCAUUACGAUCCUUCUGGUAUUCCACCAACGGCGUCCUUUCCUCCACAGUUUGGAAUGGUGGGCGAGAACAUUGACCAACAACUGGAGAAUGUUGGUAUGAAUUUAGAACAGCAGCUUGUUCUCCAUCAAGAAGAUGGCUAUGGUUCGUCGUUGCCUUCGCUUAUGCAAAUUCCGACUGGCUCCCUUGGGUACUGGCCAGCGGAGCAACAGCAAAUCCCACACCAUCUUCUACCAACUGGCUUCUGUCCUCCGCCACCACCACCUCACCAUCACAUGCAACAGCAACAGUGUGCUAACCCUCCGGUAAUUAAUGCCGGAGAAAUGACUCCAAUGACUGUCUUUUUCUCAUCUCCUUUCCCUUAUUAGCUGAGUAAUUAAUUUUCUAUCCGAUUUCGACGAAUAGCAGUGUUUUCCAUACGCGUGCGUACCAUAUCAUUGCGAGUAAUGAAAUUUCUUCUAGGGACUAUUGAACCCAUCCACUAUUAUACAAAAGAAAAAAGAAACCCUAUCUUAUGUUUAGGGUUAUAUCAAGUAUCAUUUAACCGUUUCUACGUUUUGUUAAGAAGAAAAAACAAAGUGAAUAUCUACUUUUCUGUUUUCGCCCAUUCGUAUUUAGAUGCAAUACAAACACCAUACAAUUUAUAA